AUGAGUCAAAGCUCUAGUGAUAACUUCAAUACGACUAUAGGGAGGGAUGCGAUUCGCCUAGUCGAGCAGUUCGAAAGGGAUGAAGCCCUCGCCCGACAACUCCAGAAUGGCACAGAAUUUGAUUUUGAAUCUCCAGGUCCGACUUCGUCAACAGCAGUUAUUGGACGGAGCGUUCGAAUUACUACGGAUUUGCCACCGAUAAAUGAGGACGUCAUUGAUUUGACAGGAAGCGACGACGAAGAAGAUGAGGACGAGAACAACGAGUCGAUGGACACAAGUCACAAUACAACAGCGGAAUCUGCUGCGUCACGCGCACAUUUGCAGGCACUGGUGCGAGAUGCCGAGCGACUGAUUCAAGAAAUGGACGAGGAGGACGAAAGAGAUAGAAGCCCGAUUCGCUCAAUUCAUCCUCAAAUAUCGGGUAGAGCUCCAGGAACAUCGGGACAGGUUCGUUCGAACGCUAACGAGCAUCGACGGAAUGCUAUGUCCAGCCCUCCACGAAGACAGCCAGAUAAUUUGCCAGAGGAUAGCGAAGAGGAAGACACUGGGGAAGCGCUUCUCAAUGCAUCUUCAUCGACGUACGACUCUGAUGACUCAUUCAUUAAUGCAUUGCAAACGAACAAUCGAGUUGGUCAAGCUUCGUCUUCCAUUGGAGCUACUCCAGGGGCAUCUACCUCGGCAUUAUCUCAAUUCCGUCCUCCUGCUUUCACACGGCCAACUGCUCAGCAUUCAGCGGUAGGGCUCGGACUUCGUCAAGACCAGAUCAAUCGCCUUCCGUCCCAGUCGCUAGACGAGACAAUCGCAGGGGACACCUGUCCAGUUUGCAUGGAUGAUAUGGCGACCAACAACGAGAUUCGACGUCUUCCAUGUCUCCACGUGCUGCACAAAGGCUGCAUCGAUCCAUGGCUGAAGAAGAGCAAAGAAUGUCCGAUCUGCAAGUUCGACAUUUCCUCCGCCAUGUAA